ACGCGCUCGCUGCAAAAAAUAAACAAAUAAGGAGCCACAAGUGCCGGAAAAAUAAAAUGGGUGUCCGUGGCCUUACAAGCUACAUUGCCCAACGCGCCGAGAUCUACCUAAAGCCCUACGAGCUGCACUCAACUGCGCUGGUCAUCGAUGGUGACAAUUUAUCAUGUAACUUGUACAAGGAUGUGUCUGGGACCUACUCGGCUUUUGGAGGGGAUUACGAUGAUUUCUACCGGGCUGUGGUGCAGUUUUUUCAAGUUCUGGCCGAGUGCAAUAUCCGUCCGUACGUCCUGAUGGAUGGUGGAUAUGAGGAGAAAAAGCUUCAGACGGUCAGCACCCGGUUAAGGGGAAAAAUUAGCGUUAUCAAAAAGAUCAACCCUAAUGCCUCCAUUACAUUGUUUCCCUUGCACCUCAAAGAGGUUUUUGUGGAUGCUGUGAGGGAUUGUGGAGUUCCAGUGAUGCGAUGUGUCUUUGAAGCCGACGAUGAGCUGGCGGCCUUAGCAAGGAAACUUAAUUGCCCGGUGCUCUCGUAUGAUUCGGAUUUCUACAUCCACAAUGUGAAGUACAUCCCGCUUAUAACUCUGACUGUGAAGGUUCUUACCAAGCAAAUUAAGGAUAAGAGCAACCAAAAAAAGUCUCGUGAUCUGCGGCGCAAUGAGGCCAAACACGUGGAAAAGCGUACCAAGGCAAACAAGAUUUUGAAUGGCAUACAAACCGCAUCCAAAACGACACCUUCGAAACCAAAUGUAAAGACCUACAAAUAUCUGGAUUGUUGCAUCUACCGAGUGGAACAUCUCUGUGGUCGAGGCACUCUUAGCCCCGAAAAGUUGCCCCUGUUUGCUGCCCUUCUGGGUAACGAUUACAUUGCUCGAAGUGCUUUCCGGAACUUCUUUGCUUCCGGCAUGGGUAAAGCGGGCAGGAGUCGCAAAUUGAAACAACAACAAAAACGCAUACAGGUAACUCUCAAAUGGCUCAAGGAGGAGACCUCCGAGACGGCUUUGGCCAAAGUACUUUCUAGGCUGAAAAAGACUCAACGAGAAUCUCUUGCCUCUCAAGUCAAUGCCGCCAUUUGUGGAUACUCGAAUGAGUUGUGUCAUGCUUAUGAUUUCUUUGAAGAGCAGUAUGAGAAUGCUUUUCCAUAUGUCGAACCCGUAAGCGAAGAUGAGCUCAGCGUCGAGGAUGAAAUUAAUGAAGGAGAAUAUAUAUCCGGAGAUGAUGAUGAUGAGGUGGCAGAAGAGGGACAGGAGGAAGAUCCAGAGCCAGACGAACAGGUGCCAGAAGAUCCUGAAGAAGACGAGGAUGAUGAAGAGGAAGCAGAAGAAGAAGUAGAAGUGGAAGAUAAGACGUUACUUUUCCCAGCAUGGUUUUUAAAGAAGCUUUACCCCGCGCACUUGUCACGGUUCUUUGUGGAUCUUGUUCACCUAAGAAAGUACAUCAACAACCCACAAAUGGAACACUUUCCUUAUGCUGACUCCAACGAACUGGCUCUGCCCAUCCUCAAUUACGUUUUUUCCCUACUCCACCACGUUGAGGGAGAGAAAACAGAGCCCGGAUUAGACGAAGAGGGUUCACCUUUACCCAUCGAGUUUACCUACCUCACAAGAGCUCUUCGGGUGACCAAUGUGCGGCAUUACAAAAUGCCCAUUGAAAAAGAACCUCCUUAUCCAUUCAAUCCAUCUUCACCCGAUCCCAGGCAUUUGAGGCACGUCUUCAAAUCGUUUGUGCCGCAUGCCGAUACGGAUAAGCUUUUUGAGAAGCUGGAUAAGCUCCCUGAGGAUCUGAGACUAUAUUUUCUAUCUAUUAUCUACUGGAUACAUCGAUCUGAGCACUGUGAUCAAUUGCAUCUUCACUCCUUGCUGCUAAGUCUGGUGGUCCUUCGCACCAUUGAUGUUACCAUACCAGCUGAAAGAGAGGUGAAAGAAUUCAAGAAAAGAUUUGGAAAAAUCCUGAAACAAGAACGAGCCGUGAGAGAUAAAGAAUUGGCCGAAGGAGUCAAGCGUGGAAUUAAACCAUCCCUUUUGGAACUUUCAAUACCCGAUAGAAUGCCUCACGUUCCGAAGUCUGACUGCUAUUUAACCCAGGAACGCCUGCUGCCACACUUUCACAUGCAGGAGAUUUUUAAGAAGAAAUUCGAUCUCUAUUCUUCAACGGUUAUCCAUAGCUUUGCUGAGUUUCAGGCGGUUGUGUAUCAGCUUAGUGGGUUGAACGCUCUUCUGGACUUUCCCCUGUUGAAUCCUAGGAUGAAUCAACUGUUUUGCGGUGCUUUCCUUUACAAUAUGUACGAUCUGCUCAAAAAUCGAACGGACGUUCGCUAUCAUGUGGAGCAUUUCCUGCUGCCCGAUUCUAAGCUAAUGUUUGACUUCUAUUGUUACCUAUACGACUGGUGCGAGGAGUUUAUUCCCGAUUGGAAGGUCAUGGAAGUGGACCAGUCUGCCCUUAAAGCCCAACAAAAAAAGCGGGUUAAGAAAGAGCGUCAAGCAUCUAGAAAAGCGGAAUCGAAGGCGGAGUCGGAUCCCAAUGCUGAAUUGGUUAAGACUGCUGAUCCGGAUGAGGAUUUCUUUGAUUUGAACAACAAAUUCUGUGGGCUUAAAGUUGCCUAAGUUUAUAC